CCCCUCCACUCCCUCGGAAGCCCUUCUAAAUAGGUGGACACAGGGGGCAACCAGGUCAUGAAUAAUUCAUGAGGGCCGCCCCGUUCCUUAGCCACACCCCUCCGAGUCGUGCUGACGCAUGAUGCGUGUACCAAACCUGAGGAAGCAACGUAACAGUUCCCGCCCCUAGGACGGAGGGCGGGGCGUCAUCUCCAGCACGUGCUGCAUCUACCCGCGCAAGCCCGAAAGGGUGUGCGCAGGCGCUGCCCACUAGGGGGAGGAAGGAGGCGGGGUAGGGAGGUUGCUGGGUUUAGAGCCGGGCGGAGACCGCUGAGACUCAUUCCUCAGGAACAAGGGUCGGGUGUCAAGGAGACCUUUUCACACCAGCUCCCCGUCCCCCGCCUACGGUGGGUGGGAUCGCGCGGCAGAGACAAAGGAUAUCAGUAGGGACGGACAUAGCUGCGAAGGGAAGUAGGGUGUCAGUUUGGGGUGGUGGGCUUUUGGGGGGGCUGAGGGGGCUAUAUUUAAACUCCCGGAGCCGUUAAGUUGGUUCGUACUCCGAUGCGCGCGCAACCAGGGUGGUGGCGGAGUGCGCAUGCGUGAUUCCAGGGAGAGAGGAACGCGCCCCAGCAGUGCGCGCUCGCGGCGAAGCGGUAGUGGUAGUGGAGAAAGGGGUCGGCGCACGCGCGGUUGAUUCCUCGAGUUGUUCGGGUCUCGCGGGCAUCUUGUUUUGGUCUCGCGGGCGAGUAGGGCGCGCUUCGGGGGAGGCGCUUGGGCGCGAGACUAGGGGAGAAGAGCAGAACUGCGCGCGCACUCGCGAAAGGGGGGGAAGCGAGCGGGGUUUAGGAAGGGGGGUUAAGCCCCCUGUCCCCCCGGUUGCCCUCGACUGGGACGGAAUAAGGGGAGGAAAUGAUCGAGAUGGCGGCGGAGAAGGAGCCGUUUCUGGUGCCGGCCCCGCCGCCGCCGCUUAAAGAUGAGUCGGGCGGAGGGGGCGGCCCCACUGUGCAACCGCACCGAGAGGCAGCCUCCGGGGAGCUCCGCGGCGGAACACAGCGUGGGCCGGGCCCGCGCGCACACUCGGCGGGAUCCCCGGCUUCUGAGGCCGGCAAGGAGAGCCCCGGGGCUGCACCCACCCCUCGGGGCGGUCAGUCGCAGCAGCAACGAGGGGGCGGCCCCCAGGCGCAGUCGCACGGGGAGGCCUGCUUGUCGGAUCCCCACGGGAGAGCCGCUCCCCCGGACGUGGGGGAGGAGCGACGGGGAGGGGGCGGAACAGAACUGGGCCCCCCUGCUCCUCCUCGACCCCGUAAUGGCUAUCAGCCCCACCGGCCCCCUGGGGGAGGUGGGGGCAAGAGGAGAAAUAGCUGUAAUGUAGGGGGAGGUGGUGGAGGCUUCAAACAUCCGGCCUUCAAGAGGCGCAGGCGGGUCAAUUCGGACUGUGACUCUGUCUUACCCUCCAACUUCCUCCUGGGGGGCAAUAUCUUUGAUCCAUUGAACUUGAAUAGUCUCCUGGAUGAGGAAGUGAGCCGCGCACUCAAUGCGGAGACCCCUAAGUCAUCCCCACUUCCGGCCAAGGGGCGAGAUCCAGUGGAGAUCCUCAUCCCCAAAGAUAUUACAGACCCUCUCAGUCUCAAUACUUGCACUGAUGAGGCCCAAGUAGUCCUUGCUUCGCCACUCAAGACUGGUCGGAAGCGGCAUAGACACCGGGGACAGCACCACCAGCAGCAGCAGCAGCAGCAGCAGGCAGCUGGAGGGAAUGAUAGCCACUCCGUGCUGCCCACAGCCCCCCUCACUUCCUCACUCCAUGGGGAGGGCACACCGCAGCAGCAGCAGCAGCAGCAGCAGCAGCAGCAGCAGCAGCAUAGAGGCCAGAACCGGGACGCCCCCGAACCCUAUGAACUCAACACAGCCAUCAACUGCAGGGAUGAGGUCGUGUCUCCCCUUCCAUCUGCCCUACAGGGUCCCUCAGGCUCCCUUUCAGCCCCUCCAGCUGCCUCAGUUACCUCUGCAUCCUCGUCUUCCUCCUCACGACAUCGCAAACGUCGCAGGACUUCCAGCAAGUCAGAGGCAGGGGCUAGGGGUGGAGGCCAGGGUCCCAAGGAAAAGGGCCGAGGGAGUGGGGGAGGCCGCCACCACCUCCACCCACUACCUGCUGCGGGCUUCAAAAAGCAACAGUGCAAGUUCCAGUAUGGGAAUUUUUGCAAGUACUAUGGGUACCGCAAUCCUUCCUGUGAGGACGGGCGCCUUCGGGUAUUGAAGCCUGAGUGGUUUCGGGGUCGGGACGUCCUAGAUCUGGGCUGCAAUGUGGGCCAUUUGACCCUGAGCAUUGCCUGUAAGUGGGGCCCGUCCCGCAUGGUGGGCCUGGAUAUUGAUGCCCAGCUCAUCCAUUCGGCCCGCCAAAACAUCCGACACUACCUGUCCGAAGAGCUGCGUCUGCCACCCCAGACUUCUGACGGGGCCCCAGGAGCAGAGAGUGAGGAAGGGACCACAACCGUCCGAAAGAGAAGCUACUUCCCGGCCUCACUGACGGCCAGCCGGGGUCCCAUUGCUGCACCCCAAGUGCCCUUGGAUGGAGCAGACACAUCCGUCUUCCCCAACAAUGUUGUCUUCGUCACGGGUAACUAUGUGCUGGAUCGAGAUGAGCUGGUGGAGGCCCAAAAACCUGAGUAUGAUGUGGUGCUCUGCCUCAGCCUCACCAAGUGGGUGCAUCUCAACUGGGGAGACGAGGGGCUGAAGCGCAUGUUUCGUCGAAUCUACCGGCACCUACAUCCUGGGGGCAUCCUGGUCCUGGAGCCCCAGCCUUGGUCAUCCUACGGCAGGAGAAAGACUCUCACGGAAGCAAUCUACAAGAACUACUAUCGAAUUCAGCUGAAGCCAGAGCAGUUCAGUUCCUACCUGACAUCCCCAGAGGUGGGCUUCUCCAGCUAUGAGCUUGUGGCCACACCCCACAACACCUCCAGAGUUUCCUCUCCUGGAUCUGCAGAGAAAGCUUUUCCUGUGUUGCUGCCCCAGCCUCUUCCCUACACCUCUGGCACCUAAGCAGCAAGCCCAGCUGUGCUGGAGUCACCAUCAUCUUCCUCUCCCCUAGCCCACUGGGCUGGAUGGCAUGGACUGUUUGCUGCCCUCUGUUCUCCGAGGGCAUGGGAGCUGGGGGGUAUCAAGUUCUCUAGCCUCUUCCUCCUGUUCUCCCAAGGAGAGGUUCCCAUUUCUCCUCGGCCCUUGUCCCUAGCUGCGUUUCAGUGGACCACGGAUAGAUGGACUGAGGGUUAAAAGGGGGACGUUGCUGGGGAGGCAUGCAGGUACUGUGAAAAUCCUUCCCUCUGCUGUCCCUCACUGGGAGAGGGGGUUGGGUUUGGAAUGUGAGAACAGCACAAUAAACUUGAUGUUUAGGGCAGUGGCCCACACA